AUGAUCUGGGGGAUAUGUGGGAAAGAGGCAAAAAUGGAGAACAAUGCUGAAGUCACGUCUAGCUCCUCGGCAGUAUGCGGUCUGUCUCUGCACAAACCGGUAAAGUUUCGAUUCGUGUGGAAGACGAUCAUUGGUGUGCUGCUACGCUCGAAACCUGUGCGGGCGUGCAUAAGCCGGUGGCUCGUUAUCUCCCGCUGGGAGUGUUACAAACAGCAGCAGAGUUGUGGACGUUAA